CGUUUCUUGAUAACUGUUUUGUUGAAGAAUACAGAGGAUAGAAAUUUGUUCGUCCAGUAGUUUGUUCGAUUCAAGCAGAGAGCGAGUAAAGACAUGUGUUCGACUAUUAGUUUGUUCGAAUCAAGCGGAGAGAGAAGAAAGGAAUUCGUUCGUCAGUUAGUUUGCUUCGAAUCAAGCGAAAGUAAACGGCAACAGGACGCAAGAAACGGAAAGACUAAACUCGACUGGUGAACAAUGUGUAACGACGUAAGAAAACUCCAUCUACGCUUCAAGUACUUGUGCUUCGGGCUACUAUAAAGGCCCAAGCCAUCUCAAGUACUUAUAGUUAUCAUCAUCGUUUGCCUCAGGUCUUUAUUGAAAUUUGCUAACAUUUGGAUUUUGUACGCCAUUGUUUUCCUGUCCAAGUCGCCGUGAGGAUCUUUUAGUCGGCUUGUUGAGAUGUCCAAGUCGUGCUUUGUGUUGAAUAUACAUGUACUUCUAUGAGUUUGAAGAUUUUCAAAAAAUAUUUAACGUUUGAAACCCCCGGGACAGUUCUCAUUGUUUUCAUGUAAAAAGCAAACGCUUCUUACGAAUGUUUGGCAAAAUGGGAUCUGGUUCUUCUUCGCUGUUGUCAAAUCUGCUGUUUACUUGGACUAAUAGACUGGUGACCCCUGAAGGAUCUGGCAUAAGUAUAGAUCUCCCACAACAGUUUCAAGCUUCCAUCUGGGGACGGAAAACUCUGGAAGCUUGGAAUGCAGCACUUCAAAGACAGUUUGUGAGCGAUGAGGAAAGUAAACAGACUGACAGCUUCUCCGUCAAAACGACAGGCGAUGCAUCAGCUAGAAAAAUUAUCAAUAUACCUUCUGAAAAAACAAAGAGUGGAUCAACAAAGAGAAGCAACAGUGGUUCUAAAAACUACAAUUCUCCAUAUUAUACAAAUGGUCAGAAGAAGCCCGUGAGUACGAAGAAUUUGGUGACGCUUAUAUGGCAAGUAUUCGGGAAGUACAUCUUACAUAUCAUCCUAGUUGUCCUCGUCGGUCGCGUGGUCUCACUGAUGUGUAAGCCUUUUCUUUUCACAGAGCUGAUGAAGUCGUUUGAGAAGGAAGACAACGAACAGCAACUGUUUUCAUCCAAGCAGCUGUUCCUUUUUGUUGCCAUAUUUCUCUCCUUAUUCACGUCCAGUUUGCUCGAUGAGUGGAGUCUCUAUUUGGCGGACACAGCGUCUUUAAGAAUCAAAUCUGGAAUGAGUUACUUAGUUUUUCAUAAGUUAUUACAUUUAUCCCAGACCGCAAAGUACAAUCUCACUGCAGCUAAAAUCAAUAAUGUUGUCUCGUCAGAUCUUUUGGACUCAGCAAGAGGAAUCAUUUGGAUUGCUUUGAGAGUAAAGAGCUUGUUCAACAUGGUAGGCACCUUUGUCAUAUUGUAUUAUUACAUCGGAAAGUCUUCUAUAUUGGUGGUGCUGUUCUUGGGAACUGUUGUUGGAUUCUCUUCCUUUAUGUUGGGCAAACAGAGCGUACUGUAUCAAACACGAGGCAAAGCGAAAGACGAGAAAAUGUCUGUGGUUACCGAAAUGCUGAGAAAUAUGAAAAAUAUCAAACUCCUAGCGAUGGAAACUGUUUUUGGUAAAAAGGUGGAGGCUUUAGUUGGUGUGGAGAUGAGGAUUCUGACCAAAAUUUUUCUGUUUCGUCUGGUUGGACUGUUAGCUUGGAGUAUGACGCCUAUGGUAGCCACCACUUUGGUUCUGUUAUCUCAUAUCUAUUUCGAUACAACAGGACUAGCGUUAAAGGCGGACAUUACAUUUGCUGUUGUGAUUUUGGUAAACGAAUUGCGUUUUUCUAUGUUUGACCUUCCCGUCCUGUUUACCACGUUUUACAGUGUACGAGCAGUAUUUGAUAGACUGCAAGAAAUAUUGGUCGCUGAAUCUGUUCAAUCGAGACGUAAACUAACUUUUUCUACCCUUUCAAACCCCAACGUUGACACAGACAAAAUAGGGAGUUAUCGUUCGUCUGCCAUUUCUAUUCGUAAUAGCACAUUUUGCUGGGAUAGAGGGCAAGCUGCUUUUACUCUAAAAGCAGACGAUAUUAGUAUUCCUAAAGGCAGCUUAGUUUUAGUUACUGGAACAGUUGGCUCAGGAAAAACAUCUUUCCUCUCUGCUCUUUGUGGGGAAAUGGAAAUAUUAGAGGGUGACAUGUAUGUCAACGGGACUACCUCCUACGUCCCACAGGAACCUUGGAUCUUGAACGCCACCAUAAAAGAUAAUAUACUUUUUGGAUCCCCAGUGAAUAAGUCCUUAUACGAACAUGUUCUUACGUCAUGUGCACUUAACACCGACCUAGAAUCCUUUGAAUGUGGAGACUUGUUUGAAGUGAAGGAUAAAGGAGAGAACCUGAGCGGGGGUCAGAAACAGCGAGUGAAUCUUGCACGUGCAGCGUACUGUCAGUCGGACAUCGUCCUGUUGGAUGAUCCGCUCAGUGCUGUGGACAACAACGUGGCCAGACACAUCUUCUACAACUUAAUCGGCAGGCGAGGACUUUUGGGGCAGAGAACGCGUAUUUUGACCACCGGUGGAUCACAAUGGUUACCGUUUGCAGACAUGGUUAUAGAAAUCAGACGUCUUGGUCAAUCAGUUGAUGAUGCAGCGGAAUACGAGGCUGUCAUUGUCCAAGACGUUCAAACUCCUAGAAAGCAUGCUCUCAAAGUGAACGUAAAAGAGGAAAUAGACAAUGCUGCAGGAGGUGAUGAGGGUAAUAACAACGCAAAGUUCCCUAAGCCGUCAGACUGGAAUGAGGAAUCACCUGCCCGCAGUAUCGACAGAGAAACUGUAAAGAUUUAUUUCAAAGCUGUUGGUCUUUUCAGUGUUUUGUGCCUUGCCAUUUUGCAAGUAUUUCCAGUUUUCAUAGAUGCCAGGGCCAGGGUAGGUUUAACCGAAUGGUCUAAUCGGAUACAAGAUAUUUACAACAACAGUCAAGACCUUCAAACCUGUGCUAGGUUUCAGGCGGAAAUAAAAGGUCCGGUCUGUAUCUCUGACGGCACUAAGGAAGCCUUAUGGGAAACAAAUAUCUACCACGUAAAACUGUAUUUCUUCCAGACAGCUAGCUCUUUAGUAUUCUUUGUUCUUUAUCAGAUCCUGUGUUCUCUUCGUAAUUCGGAAGCUACAGGAUCGUUGGCAAGCCAAUUAUUGUGGUCAUGUUUGCGAUCUCCUCUAACCUUUUUCGAAGAAACUCCUUUUGGCCAGCUGGCUUUACGAUUUGGCCAUGACGUACAUGAAAUAGGACACGAAGUUCCUCUCAGUCUAGAAGAACUUUUCUACAGAAUUGCGUACAUCUUGACGAGUCUUAUUGUCGUGUGUUACACAUGCCCAAAUAUUUUACUUUUCGCCACACCGGUUGCCUUAAUCUCCAUUUAUAUACAACUGAGACAUGUUGCACUAGAAGCAAAAAUAACAACAAACAGACGGAAAUACAACAGCUUCAAAUAUGGUCGCAUCCAAGAGACAAUUGAAGGCGUGCAUGUGAUUAGAGGGUUUCAUUUAAGACAACGGUUCCUCGACAUGCUUGUUUCAGCUGAGAACGAAUCAAAUGCAAUGACUUACGCAUUUUACGCUCAAAAUAGGUGGUUGGGUAUGGCAAUGACGUACAUGAGCACUUUUUUUGUCAUGUCAUCCGCAAUCUUCGCAUCUGUCGGUGAGUCUGGAGACUCGAAAGCCGCACGUGUUGGGUUGGCUGUGAUGUACUCGAUAGACUUGGGUCACCACAUGAACGUACUGAUAAAGCAAACUGGUCGUUUCAUUGGUUCCAUGUACUCCGUAAAAAGACUUUCAUCUUUCUUUGAUACACCUUCUGAGGCGGAGUGGGAUUCUGAUUCCAGGAAUACAAGUUUGAUGUCUUGGCCAAAAUUGGGCCACAUUAGAUUUAAAGACGUAUCGCUUAUGUAUAGCAAUGCAGGGGGCCCUGCCUUAAAAAAAGUCUCUAUGACCUUCUUGCCUGGACAAAAAAUUGGUAUCAUAGGUCGAACUGGUGCAGGGAAGUCUUCCCUUGUUCAGGUUUUGUUGAGACUUCGAGACGUGUCCAAUGGAGCUGUCUACAUUGACAACGUGGACAUCAGUACUGUCGGACUCCAUCACUUACGAAAGAGCGUCUCCACCAUCCCACAAGAUCCUGUCAUCUUUAGUGGAACUCUCAGGUGGAACUUAGACCCUACAGGUCGUCACAACGACAACGCCUUAUGGUCAACACUCGCUCAAGUUCAGCUCGAUGAGUUAGUCAAGUCCCUGCCAGAAGGUCUAGGGUAUGUGUGCAAAGAAGGAGGGGAUACCUUCAGUCUGGGCCAAAAGCAGCUUAUUUGUUUAGCGAGGACCUUGCUAGAAAAGGCCAAAAUUUUCUUUUUCGAUGAGGCAACAUCGUCGUUGGAUCCGGUCACCGACAAAAAAAUCCAAGGAGUUAUUAAACGAGUCUGUUCUACCUGCACUGUACUCACGAUCGCACACAGAUUCACGAAUGUUUUAGACUACGACCUCCUCGUUCUCUUGGAAGCGGGCCAAGUGAUUGCUAUGGAUACACCGGAAAAUUUGCGGAACAAUUCCACCUUCAAAACAUUCUUCUCAGGCCCCGAUGCAGAGAAAUAAAUGGAUCUGAUAUUAACACUUUUUGCUACUUAGUCUUUUAUAUUAGCACUGCCUUUCUAUAUCGGUGGUCACUAAGCUUUUCUUCAGAGUGGGAAGGAUAAUUAGCAGAAUGCCGAACGCCGGCCAAAAUUGGGUCAAAAUCUCUACCUUCUUCUUUAAUACACUUUAUAAAAUGCAUUAAAAAGAUAAUGACAAACAGCCUGUGAAUUUAACAAUUAGAAAAAAAAACAACUGAAAAUGCAUAAACAUAAUUAUAGAGGCAACAAACUUUUGAAGUAGUGGACCUCCUACGCGUUGGCGACAAAGGGUCAUUUUUGCGGUAGGAAAUGUCUGUGUGAACUGAAAUAUUUAUCACACCAAAGCUGAGCAAGAGUGUGUGCUAAAAGUUAUGAAGUCUUCAAAAAGCAGAUAAUUUAAUUUACACUGCAGAGUUGGAUUGAUAUGAUGAAACUUUUUUGGGUGACUAGGUCCUGAGCACACUACAAACACAUGUAUCAAGGUACUUUUUUGUUUGUUUGUUUUGGGUUUUUUUAGCCUGCAUUGUGGAAUUGUAUCGAACAACACGAACUGACAUGGCAGGCAGAAUCUGGCCCGCGGGCCGUAGUGUGGUGAUCCCUGCAAUAAAGUUAGUUUUAGUAAGGUUUUACGGUGCUCACAACUGCAUAAGGUCAUAUGAGCGCCAUGGGGUA